AGCGCGACAGUUCGCCGGUCGAGUCUCCAAGUCGCUCUAUUCUGCUCUAUUCGCCCGUUCUCUUAGCGUGGAAGAUCUCUCUUUCUUUCUCGGGAUACCUGAAUUCUCUCGCUCUUUCCCGGAAUCUCUAGUUUCUAGUCUUAUAGUGUACAACGGCGGGUUCUCAGGCACACAGUCAGUCGCGCUAGUGUGCACUACUAUAUGUAUACGCACGUUUAAAAAGAGAGGGAGGAAGAGAAUGAGAGAGAAAGAGAGGGAGAGAGAGAAAGAGAGCGACUAACGCGGCAUAUCCCCUCCCCUCUUCUCCGCCAGUUUUAUACCGUCGAAUCCCCUCUCGUUUCUUCUCGCCUCCCUUCCCCUCUUCUCCCUCCAAUCUCCUUCCUGUCGAGAAUCCCCUCUAGUAUAAAUCUUGACGGCGAAUGAAUUUUUAAGAAAUUCUUGUUCUUUUUCGAACAGCAAAAUAUUUCUGAAAGGAGGUGGCGGCUACCUGGGGGACCUUCACCCGCAACUUGUUUUGCAUUAAGCUACUAUCAUGGAAUCCGGAAGUAAUCUGCCCAAUCCGGGCACUUAUCCUGGAGGAGAUCGUCAGCAGUUCUGUGUCUCUUGGAAUUCCCAUCAGUCGAACAUGCACAGUGCAUUUCCAAAGUUACUCAGCUCGGAGCAAUUUGUCGAUGUGACUCUAGCUUGUGACGGAGGUUCAAUAAAGUGUCACAAGGUUGUAUUGUCCGCCUGCAGCGAUUACUUGGAGCGUCUUCUAUUGGAAAUCCCAUGUACCCAUCCUGUCAUCUUUUUGAGAGACAUGAAAAUGUGGGAGCUUCAAGCCCUGGUUGAAUUUAUGUAUCGUGGGGAGGUGUAUGUGGAGCAACAACAACUCGCUACUUUAAUGCAAGCAGCGGAAGUUUUGCAGGUUCGUGGCUUAUCCACUCAGGGAUGUGAUAACACGAUGAAUGAGAGCAAUACACAAUCAUGUGAUUCUAAUGCACCUGUCACUCCAUCGACUCCUACUCCGGGUGACAGCAACUUCAAGGUGGAGACUUCAUCUAACGAUGAAAGUACCUCUGACUUUAUCUCAUGUACGGCAAUGGCUAGCACAGGAAACAACUCGUCCUCUAUCACACCUCCUGUUUCACAAAAUCCUAACUCCUCCAACUUCGUAAACAUGGAACAUAGCGAAGCGCUACAACAUUUAGAAAAAGCUCUUAGCGCUUGCGAAGCGACUCUUACCGAAACUACAGGAAUGGUAAAAAUGGAACCGGAUGAGCAGUUUGUACAACAGCAGGAUGCUAAACCGUAUUCCAUUAGUAUGGUAUCCAGUAAUAAUUGCAAUCCUAGCAGCCCAUUCCCUGCGAUUGAAGGUUAUCAAAGACGACAAAGGCGUUCGGAAGAGGAACUCAAGCAAGCUUCGGACAUGGUGGCACGCGGCAUGACGUUUCAAGUAGCUUCGGAAAAGUACAAGAUACCGAUCAGCACAAUUCGCUUUUACAUGGUCAGAAAGGGCAUUCUGCAGAGGCGAAAACGCGGCCGCGGCUCCAGCAAUCUUGGUAUGAAUAGCCAACCGAGUAGUCCGGCAAGUCCACCGUAUCAUAUGAUGAAUUACCGUUUGCCAGAGAGCCUAAAUUCCAGCCUACCGUAGUGCUGUACAAAGAAGUAGCGAUCGUGUCUUACAUCAUAUUUAUGUUGGAUUCAAUGUCCUUAGGAAGACUGCCUGAAAAACCCAGUUUUUUUUAAGUACAAAAGAUGCAUAUUAUUGUACCAUGGAUACUGAAGUACACUGGAGUAUAAUCGUAUAUUAUUAUAUAUUUUAUUAUAAUAUAAGUCUGCAUAAAGCUAGCGGCAGAACAUCGCAAUACAUAAUUCGUGGUUCACCAUUCGUAUGACAUUUGCAAGUAAUAUGUACGGAAAUAGAUGUUUGCUAGUAGAGCGAUUUUUCAACGAAAUCGAAAAUAUAAGAAUUAUUACGAAUGUUUGCUUAUACACUACAAACGAUAAACUACAAAUCAAGGAUAGAUAUAGAGACAAAGAAGAGAUUUACUUUUUGGUCUUGUCAUUCAUAUGUUAUUUCCGAGUUUUGAGAGUUGGAAAAUUAUUCCUCUCGUUGUGGUAGAACUAAAGAUGCAAACAAUUCAAGGCAACUUAAUAGUUGUGACACUCGGGAAAAUUGAGAUAUGAAUGUUAGAAAAGGAAAUCGUUCUUAUACUCUUAACGUCCUCGAUUUUUUUAUAUUUGCGACAUCUUCCUUGAUUUACUCGGCUGUUUGGAAGGCUGUUCUAUAUUUUUUCAUUUUUUUAGCAUAUUUUUUCGUAUGACGAAUUUCUGCGAAUUUAUUGCGAAUCAGGAAUUGUGAAUCAUGAAUUUUGUGCUAAUGCCACGCGAUAUGUGGUAGUUUUUAAAGAGGCAGUUUAUUCUUAAGUUUUUUGAGAUUUUUUUCUUGAAUACAAUAGAGACAAAGAAUGAAGCUUGCGAUUUAUAAUUUAUAUAAUCAUAUUCUUGUUUUAUUUUAUCUCAAGCAAAAGAAAUGUUGAAUAGCUAUGACACAUAUUGACGCUUUGUUCUUAAAAAGAAAAAGCUACAAUUUUUUUAAUGACAAUGCUUUAAAGCUAAGUUUCUAAUUUUUAUCUAAAAUUAUUUUUAGAUAAAAAUACACUGGAACCUCGAAAUAGUAGUCUCGAAAUAGCGCAAAAAAUUCCUUUUGUGCUAUAAGUAGUAUGGGAAGUAGCCAGUAAUCACUAAAACCUUGAAUUUUAUUGUUUUGGAGUGAAGUAAGAGCAACUUCGUUAUAACGAUCACACCAAACCGCGCAUUAUUACGAAGUUUCAGUAUAAAUCUGUAUAGAUUUAAAUUUUCAAUAUAAUAUCAUGUAAAUAACUGAAACAUA